CAAGAGGUCAUUGAUCUCACAUUCCAAACAUGCUCAUGCAUAAACACUAUGUAAUUCAUUUUACCAAAACACAGAGAGAGAGAGAGAGAGAGAGAGAGAGAGAGAGAGUCAAACAAUAUUUGUUUCUAUUCCAGGCAUCUGUCAAGAGAGUUUUAUUGCUCCGGGCCAGCCCAGGCACAUCAAAAACCAAUGUUAGGAAGGUACAGUGUCAGCCAAUAUUUAUAGGUGCCAGUCCCUAAGCAAAUAAGCGACAGGGUGAUGCUCUGAGCAGGCUGAAGGCAUGCAAGACAGCCAAGCAGAUACAGCCCUUUGAAUGCCAAUGCAUCUCACCUCACUGAGGACAAUCCUCUACUGGAAGAGGCCCUCUGCUUGAAAGCUUGUCCAGUCUGAGUCCAGGGUAGUGAGAAAGAACCAUAAGAAGGAAGAGGUGAGAGACGAAUCCUGUCCACACUUAGCAACUAAACAGAAAAAUGGGUUACCUAGCCAGAGGCUUCCCUUCUAUGAGGAUCUGAACCCUGUGAUACCUGAGAAUAUCAGUGCUACUUUUGAACCUGCUGUUUAAACAAUCUUUCUGCUGUGAAUAAAAGAUGCAAAAAUGGACUGUGAAUGUUCUUUUCAGGAACAUGAAGUAACCCACAUGGAAGAACAAUGUCAUAUACCUAAAGGGACUGAACUGUUGGGAAACAAUUUGGACUCGAUAGAAAAGGAUGAUACAGAGGACACAGUCUUUUUUUCCAAUGAGACCAUAACCCCAGCCAUCACUAAGAUAAAACUGUUGCCUAGUAUAAGUACCAGGAAGCAGGGCUUCCGUGAAGACACACACCUCUUGAAAGUUCCAUCAGAGAACAGUGAUGAUGGAGAUGUCACCCCUUACCAAUUUGACAGGCAUGCUCCAGAAAGGAUUUCUACUUCUCCAACUCUGAGGAGGCUACGAAAGAGUAUGCCAUUAUCUCCUCAAGUACUUCCACUCCAAAAUGACACUGAGAAUGCAAGGGCAGGCAACAAAGCACCACAAGGCAGUUCUUCAAUACCUGUCUGUCAAAGUUCUUCAUCCAUUCAAUGUCAUUCUUCCUCCACAUACACCAGGCUCCACACAGAUUCACUGUUACCGAGAGAACAGCCAAAAUCAGCUGACCCCACAUCAGUUAAACCAUACUGUCAAGAAAAUUUUAGUGAUUAUCAAACUUCAAAGAACAGUAAAGGGAACAACCCUUCUUUCCUGUCUGAGAGAGAACAAAAUUCACAGGAACAAUUUAAGGAAUCAGAUUUACACAACGCCAUUGGUCAAUAUCGCUCAACAGAACGCAGGCAUAGCUCAGUGGUGGUGAGUUUGCCUGGAUUUGAGAUGUUCCCAGGAGACCUGUUGAUACCAGACAGUGCAGCAAAAUUCCUGUACCAUUCAGCUUCACUGCAAAGUUCAGAAUCCAAAAAGCCUUGGUGGCCAUUUGCUAAAAAAGGAAUGGGUAAAGAUAAACAAAAACAGAUAUCAGACCUGGAAAAUUAUCUUUCUACUGUAACUGUCAAAAUGUCAAAGUGUAGUGAUUAUGAAUUCUACAAUGUUAAGGACAAAACUUGGCUGGAAAUCAUGGAGAUGCAUCAGCUUCAGCCAAAAGGUUCUGAUCUGUCAGACAUAAAGAAGAACGAAGCUGUGUGGGAGCUUUUCACAACCGAAUGCACAUACUUUCUUGAUCAUCUGCUUGUUCUCAAAAUGAUUUUUAUGGAUACUUUACAGAACCUGCAAAGCAAAGCAUUGCUCCAAGAUGUGGACUCUGGGCUACUUUUUGCAAACUUGGAAGAGUUAAACCAGAUAAGUCUCAAUUUUGUGACCAUUUUCUUUAGUGCUAUAAAGAAUCAUCUUGAAAAAUCAUCAUCCUCCAUUGAUUUAAUUGCUGUGCUCACAGAGUAUUUUGAAGGAAAUAUGUCUCAGAGCCACCAGGUUUAUUGCCUGAAUUACACCUCCGCUGUCUUUUACUUGGAAAAACUGAAGAAAAGAGAAGACUUUGGGACCUAUUUGAAAUGGUGUGAACAGAAGGAACAAUGCAAACGGCUUCAUCUGUCUGAACUGCUUGUUGCACCUUUACACAAAUUGACCCGCUAUCCCCUCCUCCUGAAGAACAUCUGGAAACAUACAGAGCCAGCAGAGAAAGUUGUCAUUGGUUCCCUUAAGGAGAAGGUGGAAAAAUCUAUACGAAAUUUAGAAGGGAAAGUGAAAUGGCUGGACAAUUUCCAGAAAUUUAAGCAACUACAAGAAAUUAUAAUUUGGCCUUCCCUUUGGGAUCAAGACAAAAGAUUUUUUCUUCCUGAGGGUCUCAAGAACACAAUAAGGGACAACCUCAGUGAAAAUAUCCUGUCACCUACCAAGAGAUCCCUUGUUUAUGAGGGGAGGUUAACUCUUGCAGAACAUAUGAGAGUUGUUGAUGUUUACCUGUUUCUAUUUGAUGACUUGCUUUUAAUUACAAAACCUAACCGGCUGAAAAAGAAAUCUGGAAGUUCUGACCUGAGUUUAAACCCGGCCUGCCCUUUCUUCUCUAUGGAGUUGCAAUCUCUGCUUGAGGACAGCAGCUACUGCACAGUGCUUGACCAGCCUAUUCCACUGGACAGGUUGACAAUAAGAAAUAUUGAUUCAUUCCAUAUAACAGUUUUAGGACUGCGAAAUGCUUUUCUAAUACAACAUGAAAAUAGGUAUCAGCAGUGCAUAGCAGCCUUCCUACUCCAAGCACAAACAGAAUCUAUCAAGAAAACAUGGAUGUCCCAGAUGGAAACUGCAAUCUUGAAUUACUCAAAUAGACUCAAUCGUCCUCAAACCACUUUUUCCACUUUAGCUGCGGAAUCAUCUGAAAUUUAACUGCGGAACCAAUGGACACUGUAGCAAUCUUUUUUGUUAAUGAAAACAUAUUAAAAGGUUUGGAAUGCUUUUGGGAGCAAGGAAAGUAGGAACCAUGUUAGCAUAAUUGUUGAAAUGGAGUUCAGAUGGGAACAAAAUCCAUCUUGGAUGGUCACAUUGGUACUGUAUGCCUUUCAGUUCCUCAGAGAAGAAACUUUUGAUUGCCUUAUUGUGGGUCUGUUCUUCGUGAUACACCAAAGAAAGAGACUUGGAAAAAUAUAUGAUAAACAGAAAGGAAAAUCAAGUGCCAUUAAACCAUAAUCUGUUAAACUUUUCUUUUAAAGUUAUUCUACAGUCAGGUCAUAGCAGCACUGUUCACAGAAACACCUACCCCAAGUUAAAGUAAGAUUUUGACUUUUCAUAAGUUUUUCUCAUGGGACAAAACUCAGCACACUUAAUGCAGAGUAGCUUUUUACAAUCAAGAAGGAAAGGAAAAGGUGAUAGCCAUGCAGAUCUGGAAUAAAGAAAUAAUGUCUGUCUGGCUUGCUUGGCUGCUAUCUGAAUUUUCUACUGAACACAAGUUCAUAAAGUGACAGCUUUCUAUCUACAUCAGCAAAAGAACAGCAAAUUGGUCACUGCAAAUCGUCUAUUAGAAAUGUCUAAUUUUAUUUUCAGCUGCGUAACAGAUUAGAAUACAAAAGUAACAUUUCCACAAAUUUCCACCCAUGUGUUUCAUACAGAAUUAGUUGGUGCGUGGUGUAGCUUUCUUGCUCUUGCGCUCUCAUUACUUUCCGAAUGCAGAGUUUAGGGAUUACAGUGCAUACUAAACUAAACUCUUUCACAAUGUAAGGCACAACUACAUGACUACAAGUCAUAAACACACCACAGAAAGGAGGGUUUAAGAGAAUCCAACUGAUAAAAAAAUCAUGCAAGACUAUCUACAAGAUAAAGUGCGUGUAAGGGUCCAAUUGAAAAAGAAGUGCAGUGUUUAUUAGGUAAGUUUACCUUAAUACAUCUUCUGGAAAUAUAAAGUAAGCACAGACAUUUCCAAUUCUGAUUUAUACAAUUAUACAGAAAAUAUUAUGCACAAUAUUCACAUAUGCAACCAUAAUAAAAUAGUUGUUAGAAGUAGGCCAACAGGACAGUACGAUUUGUGGCACAUAGCUAUAAGAGCAGUAUAGCAUUUACCAACUUUUUAAGAUUUUUGAAAACAGAGGCUAAUUUAAGGGCACAUAACUGUUAAUGCCAAUAUGUAGCUGCAUAAACGACAACUAGGACCAUUUCUGUGAUAAUUUGAUUUCUGUCUAGCAGCUACAAAUGCAUUGAACUGACAUCAAAAGAGCAUAUGCAAGUCUAUCUAAGCAUACACACCCAAAUAUUACAUUUUUGGUGAGACAAAACACUUUGAAAUUUGGCAGCCACCACAAGUCAAUACCUAACAUUACAGUGAGGAGACCCUAUCAAAACAGACUUUCAUAUCAAGAGGUAGUUUUAAAUGAAAUCUUAUGUAGUGGCAUCAAGUGUCAGAUUGGAGUUUUUAUGUUUUUAAAAAUCAUUUUAUUACAAAAGUGACAAAUCCUAUACAAGCAGCAUUUUGGACAGAUUCUGAUUAUAAAAUAUUUCUGUGUUUGCUAACGCAAUGCAACUUCUCUUUUUCUCUUAUCCCUUUGGUGCUGAGAUCUGGGAUUUAACAAGAUGGUAAAAUAUCCAUUGCACAAGAGUGAAGAACAGGAGACUCAGACCUGCGUACUGGUCGAAAAUGAAUGACCUAACUGAAGC